CACACACAGGGUGUUUCAAACCCCCCGUACUAUCUAUUUAAAAUAAAGGGAUCAACAUUUUAUUAAAAAUUCAAAACAUUUUUUCACUAAGUUGAGCACGCUCUAUUAAAUAGUGCUAUAUUCAACUUUCAGUAUUGAUCGGAAGUGGAUUGUUUAUACCGGAAAUUUAGUUUUUUAAAUGGAAUACUAUUUUUUUUGCAGAUUCAGAUUCUACGGUGAAAAAAAGAAAACUUAUGUUUGAAACAUUUUUUUCCGAAAAUGUGUCCACUGAUCUUGAAAUGACAUUGAAACUUUAUCAGCUCUCUUAAGGGAGAUUUCUACCUUGUUGGAUCAAAAAAAUUAAUUUUUUUUACAUAUUCUUAAAUAUUGUACUUUCAAAAAUAUGUGGUAAAAAUUUCAAGUCAAAAUUCCAAAAAUUGAUCGAGUUACAGCCUGUUGAAAAGUCAGGUAGUCUUGCGGAGCGCUAGGGCGGAGCGCUGCGGCUUAUAUGCGUGUCGCCCUCUUUGCAGCUGCUCUAUUAUUCUUUUGUUAUAUUUCUACAUGACCACCGUUAGGACGUUAGCCAGGUCAUUUUCUUCAUUUUUAUUUCAGUAUACUUCGAAACGUUGAAGUGGAAGGACGUUCUUCAAGUUUUCGAUUAUUUACAAUUAUUUUUUCGGUUUUGCAUUAUGUUCGUUAAUACGAAAGGAAGUAAAGCAAGUAAUGUGCGGCCUGGACAUAAAUGCAAGAGAAGAAAAUUUUAUGGAAAUCGACAUACAAAUGAAACAGAGGUGUCGUUCGCUAGUACUUCCGCAAAAAAACUGAAGAAUAAAGACGAUUUUGAAAUCACAAUCGAUGCCAUGCAUGGAUAUCGAAUUAUACACUUCUUGUUUGUUUUUAAUAUACUGAAAACUUUACUGAAAUGUAAAAAAUGUGACAGUGAUGUAAAUUUUUAUGUGAGAGGAGAACAAGGUUUGGGAUUUAAAAUUGUUGUUGAUUGCGAUUGUGACUCAACUGAAAUUGAUUCUUGUCCCAAAAUAAACAAUAAAUCGUUUGAAAUAAAUCGACGAAUAGUUUUUGCAAUGUGUCUCAUUAGAGUUGGAUUACAAGGUAUCAAUACUUUUUGUGGUUUGAUGGACUUAGGUCAAGGACUAACGACCAAUAUUAUGCAUGCCUUGAAAACAUCUGGACUGCCAGUUUAUGAUAUUGUCAUACUAAAGGCAGCAUCAGAAGAGAAGGAAAAAAAUACUGAAACAGGAAAUGAACCUUUGCACUUAACUGUCUCGGGCGAUGGAACAUAGAGUAAAAGAGGCUAUUCGUCAUUGUUUGGAGUUGUCACGUUAAUUGGAAAGUAUUCAGAUAAAGUUGUGGAUUUGAUCGUCAAGUCUACUUUUUGUCAGGCUUGCAAUUAUUGGCAAAAGAAAAACGAUGAGGAAUUUGAAGCGUGGUAUGAAGACCAUGAAGAACAUUGCGUAAGCAAUCACACUGAGAAAAUGGAAGUGGAUGGUGUGGUCGAAAUAUUUGCGAGAUCUGAGACACUUCAUAAAGUCAAAUAUAUUAAUUAUAUCGGUGAUGGUGACACAAAAACAUUCAAGGCGCUCUUAGACAGUAAGCCGUAUGGAGAUGAACUUCCAAUUACAAAAAAAGAGUGCAUUGGACAUGUAAAAAAACGUAUGGAUUCUCGACUGAGAGCCGCUAAGAAAAACAAUAAAGGACUUGGUGAUAAGGGUCCUGGAAAAUUAACUGAUGCCUCAAUAAAUGACUUAUCGACAUACUACGGUUUAGCAAUAGUCCGUAAUUCUGAUUCUGUCGAUGCUAUGAAAGAUGCAAUAUGGGCUACUUUUUAUCACAAGUGCUCGACGGAUGAGAAUCCACAACACGAUAAGUGUCCGCCCGAUGAAUCAUCAUGGUGUAAAUGGAAACAAGCCGAAGCUAAUAACGUUUUGUUAGAAUAUAAACAUCCAGCUCCACUUACGUCACAGGUCCAAGAAGUCAUUCGAUCUAUUUAUGAGGAUUGUCGGAUGAUUUAUUGAAACGAUGUUUAGGUGGCCACACUCAAAACAACAACGAGUGUCUCAACUCUUUGAUUUAGACUUUUGCAUCGAAACACAUAUUCUGCACAAGAAAAACUAUUGAAAUUGCAUUAUUUAUUUUUGGCAGCAUGCAUUUCCAAUGAAGGUUUUAAUUCUGUGCUUCGAAUAAUGGAAGCCAUGGGAAUUAAGAUUGGGAUGAAAGCGUCAAUAAUGGCUACCAGACGAGACAAUAAACGGAUAAGAAACGCUGACAAACGUGCUCUACAAACUUCAAAAGAAGCCCGAUCUGCCCGUCGAUUGAAGAUUGCAACAAAAAACGAGCUAUAUAAAGAGGAAGAGGAAGUACUAUACGGUCCUGGGAUCGCUGACUAGCUGUAAGUACUACUUAA